UGGAACCAUGGAUGUUUCUGUUCUUUGGUUAAAUAAUGCGGUAUUUGUUACUCAAGCAAUGGCCGGAAAUAACCGUUUGGGAGGUCAAGAUUUUAAUGAACGAAUUUAUAGAUUACUUUUAAAGAAAAUAAAAGAACAGACAAAAAAAGAUUUAAGCAACAGAGAAGAUUUACAACAAUUGAGGCUUGCCGUUGAAGAAGCAAAAUUGCAACUUACAAAUUUGCCUGAAACUUUAAUUAAUUUAAAUUUUCGAUCAAUUGGAAAAUUUGAAUAUUUGUUAACUCGCCAAGAAUUUGAACAAGUCAACAAAGAUUUAUUUUCGAGUAUUGUUGAGCCUAUUAAAGCUGCUUUGGCAGAUUGUCAACUUGGACCAAAUGAUAUUGAUGAAAUUGUUUUGGUUGGGGGUUCUACUAGAAUUCCUAAAAUUAGAAAUAUUGUUGGACAGUUUUUUAGCAAAGUUCCAAAUUAUGGUGUAUUUCCUGAAUUGGCCGUCGUUAUUGGUGUUGCAAUCCAAGCUGGUGUUGUAAUUAAUGGUUGGCCUUUACAGGUUGCUGCAAUGGAACUUCCAUUUGCCAAACAAAAGAGGCAUGUUUAUAGACCUAUUGAAGAAGAACAACAACCAAAAAUUUAAAUUUAAAUUUAUUUUUCUUUUUUUUUAAUUUUAUUAUCUAUUGGAAAUCGGGGUUUGUUUUUUUUUUAAAAAAAAUUUUUUAUUGUUGAAUUUCAUGGGUAUGGAAAUUUUUCAAAAUUUAUUUUUCGAUGGAAAAUCAAUUUUUAUCAGAAAUUCAAAAAAUUUCCUUUUUCUAAAUUCCUUUUCCUUAGAAUUUUUUUUCUAUCGUGCUCUCACUUACAAAAACAUGGUUUUGGAUUUUUUAAGAAUUCCUGCUAAAUUUUUUCCCCAUUCGUCCGCUUUCUAAUUUUGUUUUCUGCUUUCUUUUUUAUAUUUUCUCUUUCCUUUAAUUUAUUGUCUUCUUUAACUAUGGGUUGGACCCUUGGCGAAGUCAAAAAGUUCGGAAUCGAAGUUUUAGCCAAAAGAAAAAGUUCGUGGUGUUUUCAGUGU